AUGUGUACAGGGGUGGGAGUUCUGCUUUUUGUUUCUAACCUGUUAGGUACCUCUCCAUUGAAAUUCAGCCACGCAAAAGGAAAGUUUAUUGUAUCUAGAAAAAUUAAACAAUAUAAUGUCUUUGUAGCCAUAUUUCUGUUACUGACAUUCAUUUUAAUAGUGUCUCCGACACUUGGCUUGAAAAGUAAUAUUUUAAAAUAUUCCUACGUAUGCCAUCUGAUCCUGUGUGGCUCUACUGCCUUUGUGUCAACAGUCUACAGUUCAGUAUUGACACAGCAAAACAUUGACCGUUUGGAUGAAAAGACUCUAGCGGUAAGCUAUUUUCUUUGGGAGGAACGCUCAAUAAAACAUAUGUAUGUUAUACCACUACCGUGUUGGGCUACUAGUCCUAUGAUCAUUUUGUCAGCUUUAGCUUAUGGUGAUACGGUGUGGUUAUUCCCCGACUCCAGAAUUUUAUUAUUACUUCCAUUGCUAAUUGCAGAUAUGAUCAAGAAUACUGUCAUCCUGCAGUUCAUCGUACUCAAUGUGAUAUUGCAAAGAAGUUUUAAGAGAUUAAAUGAUAGUAUACUGAAACUAUUUGGGAUAUCGGAAGAACUAGAAUUAGACUAUUACAAUUUUGACAGCGGAAGCUCUAUACAGAGCCCCGAAAGUUCAGCAACAGUGGAGUUAUACCAGUGUAACAGAGCCAAAGUUUACUGGCACUGCAGACAAAAAAAUAGACUCUUUUACGAUAGUCAGUGUCACAUCCCUAUGAAAGUAGCUGCUGUCCAGGAUAUUCGUUUGCAGAACUUACGCAAGACCCACUGUCUUCUUUGUGAAAGCAGCAAAAUAAUCAACACAGCAUACAGCGUUCAAAACCUCCUUCAGCUGGUUAAUUGUUUCGUGAGUACCCUGUUUCUCACCUAUGUGCUCUUCGCUAGUUGCGUGGAUGUUAAAUUAGGACUCAGAAUGCAAGACAUGCUGUUUUUUGUUUUGUGGAUUGGUCCCAAUUUGUGGCGGCUUUUCAGUUUAACGUACAGUAGUGAAAUGGUUGUGUGUGAAGCGAGCCGCACGGAAAAAUUAGUCAACAGACUGAUGCUGUCGCCACUUAUGAAGGACUACAGAAGCUGUGCGGAGCUCCAGCUGUUCGCCAAACAGUUCGUUUGUUGUCGUGUCAGCUACAGCGCAGCAGGAUUUGUGUCUUUUGACUUUAGAAUGAUAACAGCGUUCGCAGGGACGGUAACUACGUAUCUGGUAAUACUUUUUCAGUUCACUCUGUCUGAUGUAGAGAAUCAGUAG